AUGGGAUCAGGGAAACAAGGAAGCUCAGAGACUUCAAGCGAAGAAAAUGAUCGGCAAGAGCAAGUCAAAGAAGAUGCAGCCACUACCAUUACUAACAUUAGUGGUAGUAGGUCUAAACGCUCCUAUGAAUGCACUUUCUGCAAGAGAGGAUUCACUAACGCGCAGGCCUUAGGAGGGCACAUGAAUAUACAUCGCAAAGAUCGAGCCAAGACCAAGCAAGAAGUCACAGCAAGUUCUUCAAUUUCAGGGAAAACCAAUGAGGAAUACAUGAACCCUAAUCAUAUGGGACCGAUUUCAAGUGAAUCCAUGAACUACUAUUCGAUUUUGGAGGCUCAAAAGAAUUAUCUCAUGUAUUUUCGUCCAUCCGGGUCGUCUAGCCCUAGUCUUCCACACGGUUAUUACCAUGGAAGUGAUUUUCUUGUCCCAAGUCAUCAGUCUUCGAGCAUGAAUGAAGAACUUUUGGGUGCGAAUUUGAGCUUGCAAAUCGGGUCCAGUCAUUUAGAAGACAAUGAAAUGAACAGGGAAGUUUCAAAAGAAGAUGAAGUGGAUUUGGAGCUUCGACUUGGUCAUGAUCGGUAA